AUGACCACAGCGACAGCUGCAAUUUACGAAGAUGACGAUAACGCCGAUCCGCCGCUGUCUUUCACUGCAGAUCCAUUAAGAAUUUGCUUCCAAAUUAGAUGUGACGAGCACUAUCUUGAUGCACGAGAUGGUCAGAGCACCAGUGUAUUUUCGCUCAAAGGCAUCAUUGAGUCGAUGCGAGAAUUUGUUCUGAAGAUCUCCUGA